GGUGCCGGCGGCGGCGGUCAGCAUUGGCGCGAACUGCGCGGUAGCACAGGGGGAUCGUUUUGUUGGUCGCCAUGGUUCAGGAAAUGCCUAGCAGCGUUCCGGAGGAACUUUACAACCUCACCCAGCUGGCGGAGGUGUCUAUUGCGGCCGGUAAGCUGAACACGGCAGCACAAAUAUCGCCAGAGCAUCAGUCGCCGCAGUACCACUUUCACACCAGUCACUAUCCGGUUCAUUUUGGUGCCAUCAAAUAUUACAGUCUACAACACCAACAUCAGCAACAGCAGCAGCAGCAGCACCAGCAACAACAUGAGUCAGCUGCUUAUCAUCCGACUGCGGAAUACUAUCAGCACGCAGUUUCUUAUCAAUGUACCCAGCUACGAGGUGAUAGUGACGAAGGGCGAAAUUCUAAUCUAGAUAACCCGCCGAUGCUAUCGCCUCCGUCCCCGAUUCCGGCUCAGUCAUACUCGGCUACAAAGAAAAAAUGGAAGACAAAUUGGGAGAUCAACCGAAAUUUGAAAUUGCAACAGCAACAGCGUAUCAACAAGAUAAGAGAUGCAAAUGAGAAAUCAAAUUACGACGAUGACUCGUACGAAGCGAAUGGCCGCACGUAUUACACCUCAUCGACGAUAAGAACGCUGGAUGGUGUGGGUGUCGGAACGAGUCCCCCAAGACCUGACAGUAGCAGCAGUACCACCAGCAGCAGCAGUAGUACGAACAGCAGUUGUGAUAAAGCUUCGAACGAGGAACAGCCUCCGGCCAGAAGAAACUCAUGUGCCUCCGAGGAAUCGGAAGAUUCCAGCUACUCUUAUUCGCACAAAGUGUUUGAUCGGAAAAAGUCACGAACCCUCUCGUGGAACAGUGGAAGCAGCUUCGAAAGAAAUCAUGCAGAAGGUGGGCACCGUUUAGGCAGCAGUAGAGAAAGCUGCCAGGCGGAGCAUGGCCGAAUUAAUGGACGAGAGUAUCUCGACCUGGUCGAUUGCGGUGGACGCAGCGGCAGCAGCUGCGAUGAAAUCGGUUCGGCCGGAGACGAUGUACACAGUUGUCCCGAGUGCGGUAAAAAGUAUUCGACUUCGUCCAAUUUGGCCAGGCAUCGACAAACUCAUCGAUCGCUGCAGGACAAGAAAGCUCGUCGUUGCCCGCACUGCUCGAAAGUGUACGUCUCGAUGCCGGCCUACUCCAUGCACGUCCGCACGCACAACCAGGGCUGCCAGUGUCCGACCUGCGGCAAGUGCUUCUCCCGUCCUUGGCUGCUGCAAGGUCACAUUCGAACCCACACAGGUGAAAAGCCGUUCAAAUGUAGCGUGUGCCAGAAGGCAUUUGCCGACAAGUCGAAUCUUCGGGCGCACGUCCAAACUCACUCGAACACGAAACCGCACUGCUGUUCUCGCUGUGGGAAAGCAUUCGCCCUCAAGUCAUACCUCUACAAGCACGAAGAUUCGUCCUGCAUGAAGAACAAAACCAACAAACAUCCCAAGCAGAGUCACGCCAAAAUCCGGAGGAAGAUCGAAAAGGAUCGUUCGCUCAGUAGUUUGGAGAAUCGUCCGUACGCGCUAGGGUACGGUUCACAUCCUCUUCAACACCAUCAGCAGCAACAGCAGCAGCAGCAGCAGCAGCACCUAUCGAGUCCGCUAGAUUUGGCCCUGCAAACCGAGCUGCAGCUGAAGAAGGAUGCCGUACGAGCAAAGAUACGGGAAGUUUUGGAAGACAACUGCAAGAAAUCAGCAGCCCAACAGAAGGCAGCCACCGACAACCGAAUCAGCGUUAUCCGAACAACGGCCAGCACGCACGAAAGCUACUACGGCCGGCCGGAAGAUCGUCUCCCCCAUCAGGACCCUCGCGUCCAGCUGGGCUCAUCCGGCAGUGAUCAUCCGGCAGUGAAGGCAGUGGCUGCAGCAGUAGCGGGCAAGACACGAGACUGUGAACUGUGA